CCGCAAAAGGACACUUGCAACUUUAUUUAUAAAGUGUCACGGAUCUGCUGCAUUUAUUGUCUGUUUCAUAAUAGUCAGCAUGUAGUCAGUCAAAUGAAAGAAAUAGCCUAUUUAUGAAUGGAGUCGCUGAAUGCGCUCGAGCGCGCAGCAGUUCAUGUUCCAUUUCCAAUAAGUCAGUCUCCUCCUUCAAAGGGUGAUCGGACGACGCGCUCAGAGUCCACCCGCUGCAGAAUGGACGGACUUUACGACCAACAAGUGCCUUUCAUAAAAUCUCAUAAUCCUCGGGGAAAGACGUCCAACACGAGACCAACGAAGGACAGGAAAAGAAAAUUCAUUAACUCUGACCUGGCUUUGGACACCGAGGAGCUGUUUCAAGAUCUCAGUCAACUUCAGGAAACCUGGCUCGCUGAAGCUCAAGUUCCUGACAAUGAUGAGCAGUUUGUUCCAGACUUUCAGAGCGAAAACUUGGCGUUCCACGGGCUGCAGUUGAGGAUAAAGAAAGAGCCCCACAGUCCGUGUACUGAUCUGGGCUCAGCCUGCAGUCAGGAGAGGCCCUUCAGACUCCACUAUGGGGAGAAGUGCCUGUAUAACAUCAGUGCCUACGAGCAGAAGCAUCCCUCGGGAAUGAAGGCCUCCAGCCCAGUGUCUACCCCCUGCAGCACGCCCGUGUCCCCUGGCCAGCAUGGGUCUCCCACAGCCGCCCCCACACCGAAACCAGACAGGACGUACCCUCACCUCGCACCCCCACAGCCCCUCCCUGACAGUGCUUAUCCCAUGGACCACAGUGUUUUGUUCAGAUUUCGGCGGCAGUUGUCAGAGCCAUGUCAUUCCUUCCCCUCUCCUUCAAUGUCGCGGGACGGACGGCCCAUGUAUCACAGACAGAUGUCGGAACCCAGCAUCCCCUUCCCUCCUCAGGGGUUCAAGCAGGAGUACGGCGACCCCCUCUUCGAACAUCCGGCCAUGGUGGGUGUGCAGCUUCCCCAGACGUACACGCACUCCAUGAUGAUCAAACAAGAGCCUCGCGACUUCACCUAUGACUCAGAAGUGCCUAGCUGUCACUCUGUAUAUCUUAGACAAGAAGGAUAUCUGGCCCACAAUAACAGAACAGAGGGAUGUAUGUUCGACAAAGUUGCAAGGCACUUCUAUGAUGACACCUGUGUGGUACCAGAGAAGGUUGAAGGUGAUAUAAAGCAGGAGGCGGGGCUGUACCGUGAAGGCCCAACCUAUCAGAGACGAGGUUCGCUGCAGCUCUGGCAGUUUUUGGUUGCCCUAUUGGAUGACCCCUCAAAUUCAAACUUCAUUGCGUGGACUGGCCGGGGCAUGGAGUUUAAACUCAUUGAGCCUGAGGAGGUGGCACGGCGUUGGGGAAUACAAAAGAAUCGACCUGCUAUGAACUACGACAAGCUUAGCCGAUCAUUGCGCUAUUACUAUGAAAAAGGCAUCAUGCAAAAGGUGGCAGGUGAAAGAUACGUGUAUAAGUUUGUCUGCGACCCCGAGGCUUUGUUCUCCAUGGCCUUCCCCGACAAUCAGCGUCCGGUGCUGAAGACCGACCUGGAGCGGCAGAUCAACGAGGAAGACACCGUGCCGUUGUCACACUUCGAUGAAAACAUGGCGUACAUCCAAGAGGGUGGCUACUGUAACCCGCACCCGUACAACGAGGGCUACGUCUACUGAAAACUGCUACCGGCCGUUCGAAAUCAAAACCAACUUUCAGACUUGUCCCUCGUUUCCUUCAGUCAUUCCCCAGGACAAAAGAGAGCACUUUAUGGACAGAGGAUGAUAGCAGUGUGUAAACCUACAAACGUACUGAUGUAGUUAUUUUAGAUGCUCCUUUGG